UGUUCUGGUUUUAACAGCAGCAUGGAGCACAUGUCCUCUCCGGUCAGAUUCCGCAGCAAUAAAAAAGAAAAGCAAUUGUCCAGUUUGUCCAUUGAGGACCAAGAAGACGCACAGUUUCCAUUCGCUAUGAGGGAUCUGCCCCCCACCACUCACCUUGCUGAACGGUUUCAAAGGCCAAGUUACCACGAGGCAGAGGAAACACUGACAGCACCCAACGGGAGGCUGCAGAGCUUUUCUGGGACUUCAUCUCUGCCCCGUUCCAUCCACUUCCCUCCCGUUGGCUCUCCAACAAUCCCUCCCAGACCACACCGGGCAGGACUGGACCCACAAUUUCUGCCCAUAAAGAAACCACUCGUCUCUCAGGUGUCUCUGGACUCUCCGCUCAGCCCGACCUCGCGACCACAAAGCCCCUGGGGACGUUUUGACCCAUAUGACUCUCCAGAGGAUCAAGAUAAGGAGUAUGUGGGUUUUGCUACAUUACCCAAUCAGGUUCACAGAAAAACAGUCAAGAAAGGUUUCACGUUUACUGUCAUGGUGGCAGGAGAGUCCGGACUUGGUAAAUCCACACUGAUCAAUAGUUUGUUCCUCACGGACCUCUACAAAGAGAGAAAAGUUCCUAACGCCGAAGUAACUUUGCACAACCAUGUGUCAGAAAGAAUAUGUCAAACCGUCGGCAUAAUCCAGCACACCAUCGGCAUAGAGGAGAAAGGAAUCAAACUGAGGCUCACCAUCAUUGACACGCCGGGGUUUGGAGAUGCAGUCAAUAACACAAAAAGCUGGAAUCACAUAGAAGAUUACAUCGAACAGCAGUUUGAGCAGUAUUUCAGAGACGAGAGCGGGUUGAACAGAAAGAACAUCCAGGACAACAGAGUCCACUGCCUCCUCUACUUCAUCUCACCAUUUGGCCACGGUCUUCGACCUCUAGAUGUGGAGUGUAUGAAGGCCUUGCAUGCAAAAGUGAACAUAAUUCCUCUUCUGGCCAAAGCUGACAGCCUGACGCAGGCAGAGGUCUGCAAAAAGAAGAUGAAGAUCAGGGAGGACAUCAGGCAGUUUGGGAUAAACAUCUACCAGUUUCCAGACUGUGAUUCAGAUGAGGAUGAAGAAUUCACGACACAAGAACAGAUUCUCAAGGACAGCAUACCAUUCGCUGUCAUCGGGAGUAACGUCCAGGUGGACAGCAAAGGCCGCAAGUUCAGGGGUCGCGCCUACCCUUGGGGUGUGGUAGAAGUGGAGAACCCAGCCCAUUCAGACUUCCUGCUUCUGAGGAACAUGCUGGUGAGGACACACAUGCAAGAUCUGAAGGACGUGACACGGGAAAUACACUACGAGAACUACAGGGCCCAGUGCAUCCAGAAGAUGACGCGCAUGAUGGUGCAGGAGAGGAAACGCAGUUUGCGGGAGAAGUAUCGAGACGGGGGUGAAGUGGACUUUCCUCUGCCUCUGGCAACUGUUGACGCCGAGAAGGAGAGACAGAUCUUUGAGAAAGAUGAAGAGCUUCGGAGGAUGCAGGAGGUGCUGGAGAGGAUUCAGGAGCAAAUGCAGCAAAGCCAGAGAGGAAGCUGUUGAUCCUCAGAGGACGCUCCAACAAUUAAAACAGAAACCAAACUAGAUAGAUGCUGGCCUGUUUGGACAACCUGAAGUAAGAAAGGCUGGAAUCAGAACUUUCCAGAAACAUACAAUUAUCGCAGAGCUUUGACAUUAAGAGUGAUGACGGGUUUAUUCAGUAUUUUUCAUCCAAACUCUCAUCCACUGUUUCCUGCAAGUUCAGAAGGGAGAAAAAAAAAAAAAGCACAUUCCAGCUUUAAGCAAUUACCGUCUUUAUAAUCUGUUCGAGUCAUGUGCAAGUGGACCAGCUUAAAGUUGAACUGAUUCAUGGGGUCAGGAAUUCAUCUCAACACCUACAGAGUUCAUCUGCUACUGAGGACUGUCUUUAAAUAUAAAUGUGGCGUUUUGUCUGAGGACUACGCUAGUAGCCAGGAUUUAACGCUAGUGGUCAAUGUUGUACUGUUGGAUUUAAAGGUACUCAAAUGCAAUGUUAUGAAGUCUGAUUAAAAAAGUAAAAAGCAAAAUAUUGUCUACCCCAAUUCAAUUCAGUUUAUUUAUAUAGUGCCAGCACACAACAAAAGUCUCAGCGCACUGCACAAAAAUAUGCCAGCAGAGCAAAGCACACUGGAGACAGUGGAAAGGAAAACCUCCCAUUUUAACAGGAAGAAAUCUCCAGUGGAACCAGGCUCAGGACGAGCAGCCGUCUGCUUCGACCAGCUGUGGUUAGAGAGGACGGGAAAGACACGAACACCAAAUGGUUGGUGCAGAUGUAGUUUGUAUGGGAAGAAAUGUAAUGUUAAGGAUAGAAAUACUUACAAACAUGAAGAGUAGAGCAAGUAAAG